AGCACCCUCUGCACCUUCCUGCUCCAUUCUGCUCUCUGCACACUAAAGCUUCACACGGUACAGCUGCCUCAGCUUGUUGGAUCUCACUCCACUAAAAAAAGAACAACUUCAAAGGAACUUUUCAAGCACAAGCCAACUGAGUGCAGAACAUCUACCACAUCUCUCGGAUUUAAACUGAAUAAAGGACUCUCAGUGAGCCAUUUAAGGUUUUUCAUACUUCUACAUACCAUAUCCAGCAACCGCCCUCUGUGAGAUGGUAACUUACAGCAAGACUGACUCAGCUGUCGGUAACUGCCUCUCGAGUACCAAGAUGGGGAUGGGUUACCACUUCAAGACCUUUGUCUCGGAGGAACAGUUUUUGAUGGUUGUGAAGACACUACAGAAACUCAGAGAGAGUGACUUUUUCUGGAGCACCAUGACUGGGAAACAGGCCAGUGUUCUCCUGUCCCCCCACAGACCUGGUACCUUUCUGAUUCGGGAAAGCUCCGACCACCAGCACCUCUUCACCCUCAGCGUCAAGACAGAGACAGGCACUAAAAACCUGCGCAUACAAUGUGAUGAGAAAUCUUUUUUUCUGCAGACUGAUCCCAAGAAUGUGGACAGUGUCCCCCACUUUGACUGCGUUCUGAAGCUGAUCAAUUACUACAUCUGUCAAAGGAAAGCCAGUAUUGUCUACUAUAUCAGCGCUGGAGGGGAGAGGAUCCCUCUUGAGCUCAUCAAGCCACUGUAUUUCUCCAUGUCAACCUUGCAACACCUUUGUAGGAAGACAAUUAAUAAAGAAUUGGACAUUUCUUCUCAAAGAGACCAGCUUCCUAACAAAGUUCAAGAGUACCUUGAUAAAUACGAGGUUGAUAUCUAGAUAGGCAAAGACUGAUGUCAAUGAAAACUAGAUGCUGCCAGCACAUCUAUGGGGGGAAACCCAUGAAGGAUGUAGCAGAAACGACUGAAUCAGUCCCAGAGGAGAGAAUCAAAGUGUAAGAGUCUCUUAAACUUCGGAGAAAGGAUAAGGAGACUGAGAAAAGCAGCUUUGGAAUCUGGUGAUCUGAAAACAGAGAUGAGCCAUACCAACCUCCUCAGCUUCACUGAUGACGUUCAACUAACUAAGAACUGAAGUGAGGCUAACAGUCAGCUGUCUACAGUGUGAUGACACACUGUUCCCUUUGCUGCUGAUGCUAAUCAGCAUCCUGAUAGACUGAUGAGAUCACGCACACAAGCCUGUGGAAAUGGUUUAUGAAUGUUGUUUCCAGCUUGAUGUUCUCAGUCAUUGGAAGCAUAAGAGUACAGAUAGUCUGGACACUUGUGGGUUUGGGUCAGGGUUGAAAGAAAGGUUCUUGGGAGGGAUGUGUGUUGAUUAAGAAGAUGAGAAUAAUGCCAAAAUUGCCAGAACAACAUGAAAGCAUGUUGGAAAACGACUGAAUCCAACAGGAUCUUACAGAGAGUAGUAGUUAUCAUGCUUCAGUGAUGAACGACUCCUUUCCAAUAGAUCUGGGUUUUCUUUUGUGGCGCAGGCAACAUAUUCAGCGCCUGCAGACAAAUUAAAACAUUGGGUAUCUUUUCUAUCUAUAAGGAGAGUAGAUCAAGUAUUUACUUUUCUGUAUACCAUGUUUACAUUAUAGAAUUAUUAUUAUUAUUUUUUUAUUUUUCUGGUUUUGUCUGUGAUUGUGUGUGUGUGUGCUAUCUUUUAUAAAGAUGUAUUUUUACCAGCCAUAUGCCUGGCUGUGGAUGCUUGAAGAUAUCUGAGAAGUUUGACAAAGCAAGCAGAUGAAUAUAACUUUGCACUUAUUUAUAUUUGUUUCAAUAAU